AUGAUGUACAAAAUUAAGAGGGUAUUAUCUACUCUCAGACUCAAGGGACUUUGGGUCGGCAAUGGAGGCAAGUGCAGUGGGACAUUCGUCGACCGCAACCUCUACGAGUUUCUUGCCAAACGAUUCGGAACAGCAUUCGCCUCUCUUCCCUUUACUCAGACUGGCACUGGAGUGGAAUCUGCGGAUCAAAUCGAAGACAGGAAGAGGGACUUUAUCGUUCAGCGUGUCAGCAAGAGGCCGAUGAAACUUGGCCUCCGGAUGGAGGGCCUGGGAGCAAUGUCGAAAUUGGCGGAUUACUACGAGGCUCAGUCUAAGGUUCUCUUGGCCAGGCAAGACAAGGCAAACUCUUUUUGA